GUUAUCUAUUUCAACAGUCCUUUCAGUCCAAAAUAAAAUGUGGAAUGUUGCCAAUCCCAUGACCCGCCUACCCUACAACCGAAUGGGACACGACGUUUGGCACCACUUCAUUGUGUUGAGGAAAAGCUUUAAGAGCUCUGGUGUUGCAGUAAAGGGAGCGUCGACAGUCUGGCCGUAGUGGAGGAGUGAGCCGCAACAAUUCUAUCAUCUCGUUCAUUUCAUUUCUGACGAUGCUUAAUCCUCAUGAGGGCCAAGCACUCUAUGCCCCCCCGGUGCCCGCCCCAGGCCCCAUGGUUCCCCCAGCUAGCAUGUUUGGCAACGUACCAGGGUACGAGGACACUUUAGCUGGUGGAGGAGGUGGAUAUCUCCCCCCACCGCUGCCCUUACACCCGACUCAGGAUCCAGAGCCUGCGCCCGUACCACAAGACUGGAACAUCCCCUCCAUCACUGAAGAUGUGGCGCGGGAGCGUUUUAUAUUGUACGCGUCUGGUUACUGCUGCUAUAACAAUGCCCCUGCCAAGGAUGGAGUGAUCACUAAUAUGCAGGCGUUCAACACCUAUCGGUACCGUUUGGAGACAUUCACAGAGUCUAGAUCUACAGAGUGGGCCACCAAGCCUUAUGAAGGUGAAGCAGCAGACUUCUACACGCAGACUGCCCCCCGGCCAUGGGAAAUCCCAGUGACAGGUCCCUCCCUGUUCCAAAACCAUGAGGAGAACAUAAAAGUUCCUUACACUUCAUCUAAGAAGCCCUGCCAUACUUGUAGUGCCUCUGGAAAGAUGCCCUGCCAUGAGUGCAAUGGGUCUGGAACGAAAGUUUGUUGGGUCUGCAAUGGAUCUGGCAGACGGGAAGAAGAUAGACCCUGCAGCCAAUGCAAUCAAAGAGGAAGGGAGAACUGCUCUAAAUGUCAUGGUAACGGGACUAAAGAAUGUGAGACCUGCAAGGGCAAGCAGCAACUGUUGACCUACAUCAACCUUAAAGUCGAGUGGAAGGAUAAUGUUGAGGACUAUGUUGUGGAGCAGAACAGUGGGCUGGAGGUUGACAACCUGAGCGAUGUGACGGGAAAGACACUCUUCAAAAACGCCCAGUACAUGCUGUAUCCAGUGUAUGGCUUCCCAGAUCCAUCUUUAUCCCAGGCUUCAGACCGAUUGAUUAGAGAACACCAGGCUAAAUACUCCCAGAACUCACGCAUCCUUCAACAGCAACAAACCAUCGAGUUGAUUCCCAUCACCAAGGUGACCUACAAGUGGAAGGGAGGCAUCCAUGUUUACUAUAUCUAUGGGAACGAACACCAGGUCAAAGUUCCUGACUACCCUGCCACCUGCUGCUGCUCCAUCAUGUAACCAGUCAGCCAGUCAGCCGGCCAGCCAGUCAGCCAGCCGGCCAGCCAGCCAGCCAGCCAGCCAGCCAGCCUGUCACUUAACCAUACCCCUUUUGGCGUCACCAGGCCAGCCCAGUACAGCUUGCCUUGACUCGGCUUAGUUCAGCUCAGUAUGAAAAAAGGUUUUGUUUAUCAGUUAGCUAGGUAGUUAGCUAGUUAGUUAGGUAGGUAUUGUAGGUAGUUCUUCAGGGCCUUUUACCCCCCCGGGAGUUUAGCGGUAAGUGUAUGCUGAUCAGUAUACUACAUGUUGUUGUUGUUUUUUAUAAUAAUUGUUGCAGCCCUGGAGUUUCAGGAAUUAGUUUUUUGUUUCAACUUUUUAUUUUUCACAAGUAACUUACUAUAUGCAAAGAUAUAAAAAAAACUAAAGGCUAUUGAAGGAAAUUGAUGUAUUUCUGAUUCAUUCUUGUUACAUAUACUUUAGUACAGUCAAUAAAGUGCAAAGGUGUUAUUCUUAUUCUAUAAUGAAAUACUGAUUUAUGUGAAAAAUCAUUCAAACUUCAAAGAGAAGUUCAGUAAUGCUCCCUGUUGUUAGUGUUUUGUAGGUCAGUGUGUUAUGAGUGACUAUGUUUUCUGAGUGAGAAUUGUUUACCAGUGUUAUGGUCCAACAAGCUUAUUUUGAGACGUGUAUGAAGUGUUUUGGUGGUUUGAGGGAGUUUUGGAGGCGAGAUGAACUAUUUGGCCAAGAUGCAUGUCGGUAAUGCAGACUGUGUGAAGAGUUUUGAAAAAGUGGCUUCAGUAUUGACCGAUGCUUGUUAGCAAUUGAACAAAAAAACUGUAAUACUGCUUAAUGUAUGUACUGUAUAUUUGAUGAAUUAAUUGAUUGCUGAUUUCAGAAGCUGAACGUAACCUCCAGUAUACCAUUCCACUCAUCUAAUGAUGAGUGGCCUUCCCUGUGGCUCAGUUGGUAGAGCAUGGUGUUUGCAAUGCCAGCAUGGUGUGUGGAACGCCAGGGUUGUGGGUUUGAUUCCCAUGGGGGGCCAGUACAAAAAUAAAAUGCAUGAAAUGAAAUGUAUGCAUUCACUACUGUAAGUGGCUCUGGAUAAGAGCGUCUGCUAAAUGACUAAAAUGUAAAAUGUAAUGAGUAUGUAAUCACUCUCUCCUCAUUCGUUGAAAUGUAAUGAGUAUGUAAUCACUCUCUCCUCAUUUGUUGAAAUGUAAUGAGUAUGUAAUCACUCUCUCCUCAUUUGUUGAAAUGUAAUGAGUAUGUAAUCACUCUCUCCUCAUUCGUUGAAAUGUAAUGAGUAUGUAAUCACUCUCUCCUCAUUUGUUGAAAUGUAAUGAGUAUGUAAUCACUCUCUCCUCAUUUGUUGAAAUGUAAUGAGUAUGUAAUCACUCUCUCCUCAUUCGUUGAAAUGUAAUGAGUAUGUAAUCACUCUCUCCUCAUUCGUUGAAAUGUAAUGAGUAUGUAAUCACUCUCUCCUCAUUCGUUGAAUUGUAAUGAGUAUGUAAUCACUCUCUCCUCAUUCGUUGAAUUGUAAUGAGUAUGUAAUCACUCUCUCCUCAUUCGUUGGCCAAACUACAUCCUGUGGUUGCAUUCACAUUUUCAAAAGAUAAGUUGUAAAUUCAGCUGUGUGUUGUUGUGCCAAAGCUUUAGUCAAUCUGGCCAUUGAGUUAAUUGCAUGAUCGUUAGGAUAAGAAUGUUGAGAAAGCUUGUCAUAAUAUUCUGUUCCAUUCUAGAAUGUUAUUUACUAUUAUUACUAUUUACUAUUCGAUCAAUAUAUUAGUAUUUAUAUUUUAAUAUAGUUAUAUCAGAGUUGUUUUCAUGAAGUGGCCAUAAGGGCUCGAUUCAUUCCGUAGCGCAGAAGAUCAGCUUUAUAGUGCGGUUUAAAAUGUAAAGGGGAUUUCCGAUUGAGCCGACAUAUGCAGCGUGUACAGUCAAUGCUGUCUAAAGGUCUAGGUAACAAAUUCUACACCGCAAACAUUGCCUUUAAAUGUCAACCCCACAAACGAGCCUCCAUGGUAAAGAUGUUUACCGGCCAAAGGGCUAACCUUGAGAUUAUACAUGCUGUCCUCUGAUUAUACAUGCUGUCCUCUGAUUAUACAUGCUGUCCUCUGAUUAUACAUGCUGUCCUCUGAUUAUACGAUAAUAAGGAAUGUUUUUUAUUUUUUUUAACUUGGUCAAAUUGUUCCUAGAACCGGUGCCUAGAGCCGUGGGCCCAUUGUAGGCUACAUGACAGUUGUCAAUCAGUCACUUACAGGCUAGACUGCUUCUAUUAUUUUAAUGGUAAAAGCUGAAAGUCCAGUGUUUUAAAUCAGUGUCACGUCCUGGCCAGUAUAAGGGUUGAUUGGUAUUGUAGUUUGGUCAGGACGUGGCAGAGGGUAUUCGUUUUAUGGUAUUCGGGGUGGUGUGUUUGUUGUAGGGGAUUUGAUUUGUGUAUUCCGGGGUUUUUGGGCACUGUUCCUUGUUAUGUAUGUCUAUGAUUGAUCUAGCUGUUGUAUAUCUAUGUGUGGUCAAUUGGGGUUGGGACUCUCAAUUGAAGGCAGGUGUUGUCCAUUUGCCUUUGAUUGAGAGUCCCAUAUAUUAGGGUGUGUUUGUAUGUGUCUUUUGUGGGAGAUUGUUGUGUGCACUGCGUUUGUUUGAGCAUGCAACACUGUUGCGAGUAUUGUUUGUUGUUUUGUUUUUUCUCAAGUGGAUACCUUACAUGUUUUUAUCAGUAAUAAACAUGCGUGUCCACAA